AGGCGUUCAUGGGUAAAAGGAUAGACAUUGUAGGUCCGACAAUACUCCUAUAGCUGUGGGUGUGGGAGAGGAUGCCCACUUUGAGACCCGAUUUUGUGAUGACACGUAUACAUACAAACAACACUCCAUGUGCAUUAAUGUGGACUGGCUCAUAUAUGAUAAACAAAGCCCCCAAACAUUAUGUUCGACAUUAUCGUGAACAGUUAUCAUUACUCCAAAAAUAGCCAGUUUAUUUGGAUGCCAUAUGUGGACCGUCAAUUGCCAGACUCCUGCCUCGAGAUAAACAACAGUUGGAGAUCUGUGACGUACAUGGUUUGUUGGGCUAUUGUCGAAGCACAUGAGCCUGAGCGCGUUGUGAGACAAUUUGGAGGCACUCCGUUCAUUCCAGAAUUGUGUGAUUGGGGUUUCAAUGAAACUCGUUUCAAAACAAAUCCUCGUGGAAAAGCUAAGACGGACUGGGCUAUGCAGAACAAGGCUUACAUUCAACAUUGGGAGAGAAGGUCGGAGUUCGUGUCUAAUCAUUACAUGGAGCCUCUUGAAGACCACGUUCAGGUUUCCAGAAGUAGGGAUGAACACUGUUGCAUCAUCAUCAACACUCCAAAGGCUGAGACAUUGGCCCGUGUAUUUCAAUUGUCGCGCGGUUUUGACCCAGAGGACGCCGUAGGAUUGUUGCAUGAGAUUAACAAUCUUGUUCUUAACUGCCUUACCGAUUGCGGUGAGAGUGAACGCACGGUCAUACCUUCCACACAACGCACUGAUGUGGAUAUGUCCCGGGGUUUUAUCCGAAGAGCUCGCGGUAUUGGUUAAAGAGGUGUCCGAACAGGCAGGCAUGGUUAUUCACGGCAUUCCAGAAUGUCCCAAGACAUGCCAGGGUCAUCACAAGCCGCAAAUGAUGAAAAUAUUAAUUCAAAUGACAACAUAGAUUUGGAUACAUUAAUCGACAAUUUUGCUGCUGAGCCCGAAAUGCAAAAUCCACCAGCAUCAGAUCCCUCUAGUUGGUUUCCUACCUGGUCAGACGCGCCAUAGUCUAGUUGGGUGACUCCCUUUGAUAGAGUUGGGCUACCAUGGCAGCCUGCUACACAUGAUUCAUUCUUCUCAGAUGUCCAUAUCGUGCACUCUCCAACAAAUGAGGAAUUGAAUGAUGCUGCUGCUGAUGAUGAUGAUGAUGUUGAUGAUAAUGAUGAUGACUAUGCUGAUGAUGCUCUUGAGAGUUCUGCACACUUGGAGCGUCCCAGAAGUAGUGCCUACGUGG